AUGUGUAUCACUCUAAACAACAUAGAGCACGUGCGAAUGUUCCUGAGUGAGUUACCACAACGACUCAACUGGGAGGCCGUGACGUCAUCACUCAGCCUGAAACAUGAAAACCCCAUGGUAGGAGAGCGAGCACUUAGCACCCUGCAUCGACUCACACAAAACGCACACACGGACGUGCUACAGAUGAGCGCGAAGAUUCUCAAGUGUGUGGGAGAGAAAAUGUGUGUGGAGGUGAGGGGGAGGAUGGAGGAGUUCCUGGUUACUCGGCCCGACUCUGUAUCGGCCACGGACCGCGUCAUCAGCUACCUGACCACUAACCUGGACGUCCUCCGUGACCGACUGUCAGACACCAUCUACCCCCUGAUGGCCACACAGAUCUGGACACUGGUCAUCGACCUCUUUGACUCUCACCUGCUGGUUGGCAAACCUCCCGAGUACUACCAGAACCAGAAGAUCCAUCUCCGCGCCCUCAUCCAGUUUUUCCUGGACUGCUGGCCUGAAGGCACGCCCAUCACACAGGACACGCCCACAAUCCAAGACACGCCCAUCCCACGCGACACGCCUAUCUCUCAAGACACGCCCAUCAUCUCACAGGACACGCCCACAACCAAAGACACGCCCAUCCCAGAAGACCCACCUAUUACUCAGUACACGCCCAUCCCUCAAGACACGCCUUGCGCUCAGAUGCUGAUGGAAAGACUGGAAUUGAACUCCACCCCCACAGAGCAGCUGAUCCUGGACUACUACCUCCACCUGUCUGGCCACAUGGCCACCCCCCUAGACUAUCUGGGCCACCUGGCCCUCAAAGUGGCCUACAGGGAAGAAACUGGCUCUGUCGUCACUGUCUACCUUAACG